UGAUUAGCAUUUUCCAAACGCAUGGUGUUCUCAUCCCAGCCUUUUGGCUCGCUAAAAAACACAAUAUUUUCAUUCAUUUCCACCUGUUUUGUACACAUUUUUGUGUACCACCACAGCUGAAGACCUGGAGUCAAAAAUGAACUGGGGGACCUUUUAUGCCGUGAUCAGCGGCGUAAACAGGCAUUCUACCGGCAUCGGACGUAUUUGGCUCUCUGUCAUCUUUAUCUUCCGAAUCCUGGUCCUGGUUGUUGCUGCUGAGAGUGUUUGGGGAGAUGAGAAGUCCGGCUUCACCUGCAACACCCAACAACCCGGUUGCAACAGCGUGUGUUAUGACCAGUUCUUCCCCAUCUCGCACAUCCGCCUGUGGGCGCUCCAGCUCAUCUUGGUCUCCACCCCCGCCCUGCUGGUGGCCAUGCAUGUGGCCCACCGACGGCACAUCGACAAGAAGAUCCUGAAAAGGACAGGCCGCAGCAGCCCCAAGGAGCUGGAACACAUCAAGAACCAGAAGUUUCAGAUCACCGGAGCUCUGUGGUGGACAUACAUGAUCAGCAUCAUCUUCAGAAUCAUCUUCGAGGUGGCUUUUCUUUACAUCUUCUACUUGAUCUAUCCUGACUUUAAGAUGGUGCGUUUAGUGAAGUGCGACUCGUACCCUUGCCCCAACACAGUUGACUGUUUUGUCUCCAGGCCGACAGAAAAGACCAUAUUCACUGUCUUCAUGCUGGCAGUGUCUGGGGUGUGUGUGCUGCUCAAUCUGGCCGAGGUGGUGUACCUGAUAGGCGGAGCCUGCAGACGGUGGUUUCGAGGCUCGGAGGAUGAGUCCAAAGUAGCUUGGAUAAGUCAGAGGUUGUCUUCUUAUAGGCAAAAUGAAAUCAAUCAGCUGAUAGCAGACCAUUCUCUCAAGUCUAAGUUCGCUGUGACCAAAAAGAGCCCAACUGAGAGGGGAGAGAGGUGUUCUGCUUUCUGAGACUCGGCCUUUCCUUUUCCCGUUAAACUAAUCAA